GGGGCUGCGAGGGCCGGGCAGCAAAGAUGCACAGGCCGAGGAAGGGGCCGAGCCCCCCUAAGGACUGCAAGUCCCGUCUCCCUGGCAACGGCCUCGGCCCUGGGGGCGGGCGGGAGGAGGAGAAACCGCGCGCCUUCGUCCUCCCACGGUGGCCCCACAGCGCCCCGGCCCGGGAGGCCCGGUGCCGGUGACUGCCGAGGCGGGAGCAGAGGCCCAGGGAGAACGGGAGCAGGAGGGCGGGCGGCGCGCUGGCGGAUUCGCGCUCGGCGGAGCCACAGGGCUACCUUCCCACCAGCCCGUCCGGGGAACAACGGGCCGGGCUUCCGGGGAGAGGGCCCGCAUCUCUCCGGCACCAGCCUCCUCCAUUUUCCGGGGCCUAGCUUGGAGCAUUUUGGCGGACGUGUUUGAAUGAAUGAAUGUCAUUGGGGCUCUUCCCAAUCCCCCAGUGUCCCCAAGCAUCUGCGAGUGGUGCGGCGUAGUGAGAGGAACGCUAACUUGGAGACCCGGGUGGGAGUCUCAGUUUUGUCACUAACGGGUUCUAAGACCCUGAGCAAGUCUUUUAAUCUCUUUGAGCUUCAGUUUCCUUUUCUUUCAAACAGCUUGACAGUAUCAUCCACCACUAAGUUAUUGUGAAGGCGAACGGGAACAAUGUUUUUUCUAAGAUUCUGAAAGAGGACAGCAUUCCCAAUGUCCCAGUUUAAGCGCCAGCGGAUCAACCCGCUUCCAGGGGGACGCAACUUCUCAGGCGCAGCUUCAACAUCUCUUUUGGGCCCUCCUCCUGGUUUGCUCACUCCUCCUGUGGCCACAGACCUGUCCCAAAAUGCCAGGCACCUUCAGGGUGGGGAGAAGCAGCGGGUCUUCACUGGCAUUGUUACCAGCUUGCAUGACUACUUUGGGGUGGUGGAUGAAGAGGUCUUUUUUCAGCUAAGUGUGGUGAAGGGCCGGCUGCCCCAGCUGGGUGAGAAGGUGCUGGUGAAGGCUGCAUACAACCCAGGCCAGGCAGUGCCCUGGAAUGCUGUCAAGGUGCAAACGCUCUCCAACCAGCCCCUGCUGAAAUCCCCAGCACCUCCCCUUCUACAUGUGGCAGCCCUGGGCCAGAAGCAAGGGAUUCUGGGAGCUCAGCCCCAGCUGAUCUUCCAGCCUCACCGGAUUCCCCCACUCUUUCCUCAGAAGCCUCUGAGUCUCUUCCAAACAUCCCACACACUGCAUCUGAGCCACCUGAACAGAUUUCCUGCUCGGGGCCCUCACGGACGACUGGAUCCGGGCCGAAGCGAUGACUAUGACUCCAAGAAACGCAAACAGCGGGCUGGUGGAGAGCCUUGGGGUGCUAAGAAACCAAGGCAUGACCUGCCUCCUUACCGGGUCCAUCUCACUCCCUAUACUGUGGACAGCUCCACCUGUGACUUCUUAGAACUCCAGCGCCGCUACCGCAGCCUCCUGGUUCCCUCAGAUUUUCUGGCUGUGGGUCUGAGCUGGUUGUCAGCCUUCCCUCUGAGCCAGCCUUUUUCCCUCCAUCAUCCAAGCCGUAUCCAGGUGUCUUCUGAGAAGGAGCCAGCUCCAGACACUGGUGCCGAGCCCAUCCCUGCAGACAGCGAUCCUGCUUAUAGUUCCAAGGUACUGCUGCUCUCUUCCCCGGGACUGGAGGAAUUGUAUCGUUGCUGCAUGCUCUUUGUGGAUGACAUGGCUGAGCCAAGGGAGACACCAGAACAUCCUUUGAAGCAGAUUAAGUUUUUGCUGGGCCGAAAAGAAGAAGAGGCGGUGCUGGUUGGGGGUGAGUGGUCUCCCUCUCUGGAUGGCCUCGACCCCAAGAGCGACCCGCAGGUGCUAGUCCGCACUGCUAUCCGCUGUGCGCAAGCCCAGACCGGCAUUGACUUGAGCACCUGCACAAAGUGGUGGCGCUUUGCCGAGUUUCAGUACCUGCAGCCGGGCCCCCCGAGGCGGCUGCAGACUGUGGCGGUGUACCUGCCAGACGUCUGGACUAUCAUGCCUACUUUGGAGGAGUGGGAGGCCCUGUGCCAGCAGAAAGCCGCAGAGGCAGCUCCCCCACCCCAGGAGGUGUCCGUGGAAGCAGAGCCUGCAGAACAGGCAGCUGACGCAUCAGAGCAAACAGCAGACACCUCUAAACAGAAUGCAGAGAACCCAGAGGCCACCACCCAGCAGGACAUGGACACUGAUCUCCCAGAGGCCCCUCCACCCCCUCUAGAGCCCGCGGUCAUGGCACGCCCUGGCUGUGUAAACCUGUCCCUCCACAGUAUUGUGGAGGACCGUAGGCCAAAAGAAAGGAUCUCUUUUGAAGUGAUGGUGUUGGCUGAACUGUUUCUGGAGAUGCUGCAGAGGGAUUUUGGCUAUAGGAUUUAUAAGAUGCUGCUGAACCUCCCCGAAAAGAUUGCAGCCCCACCUGAACCUGAGAAGGAGGAGGUGGCCAAGGAAGAAGAAGCAGUCAAGGAAGAGGCUGCCAAGGAGUCCAAGGAUGAGGUACAGAGUGAGGGCACGGCUGCCGAGUCAGACACCCCACCGAAGGAAGAUGGGCUUUUGCCCAAACCUCCAUCUUCUGGGGGAGAGGAAGAAGAGAAACCCCGGGGUGAGGCAUCUGAGGACCUCUGUGAGAUGGCGCUUGACCCGGAACUGCUGCUCCUGAGGGACGACGGAGAGGAGGAGUUCGCAGGGGCCAAGCUGGAGGAUUCUGAGGUCCGGUCGGUUGCCUCAAACCAAUCAGAGAUGGAGUUCUCUUCUCUUCAGGACAUGCCCAAGGAGCUGGACCCCUCUGCUGUGCUCCCUUUGGACUGUCUCCUUGCUUUUGUCUUCUUUGAUGCCAACUGGUGUGGCUACUUGCACCGGCGAGACUUGGAGAGGAUCCUGCUUACCCUUGGGCUCCGGCUCAGUGCUGAGCAGGCCAAACAGCUGGUCAGCAGGGUGGUGACCCAGAACAUUUGCCAGUACCGGAGCCUUCAAUACAGCCGCCAGGAGGGCACGGAUGGUGGGCUUCCCGAGGAGGUGCUCUUUGGAAACCUGGAUCUGCUACCUCCUUCUGGGAAAAGCGCAAAGCCGGGCACUGCCCCCACAGAACACAAGGGCCUGGUGUCCCACAAUGGCAGCCUGAUCAAUGUGGGGAACCUGUUGCAGCGCGCGGAGCAGCAGGACAGCGGACGGCUCUACCUGGAGAACAAGAUUCACACACUGGAACUGAAGCUGGAGGAGAGCCAUAACCGCUUCUCAGCCACUGAAGUCACCAACAAGACACUGGCGGCAGAAAUGCAGGAGCUGCGGAGCCGGCUGGCCGAGGCCGAGGAGACGGCGCGGACAGCUGAGCGGCAGAAGAACCAGCUGCAGCGACUGCUCCAGGAGUUCCGGAGGCGCCUGACCCCUCUGCAGCUGGAGAUGCAGCGGAUGGUGGAAAAGGCGGACAGCUGGGUAGAGAAGGAGGAGCCGGCACCUAGCAACUGAGGGGCUUUGUGCAGGAGCUGCCCUCCCGUGAGGUCAGCGAUGGAGCCUGCUGACGUUCGAGCCCUUUUGGUUCCAGAAAGAAGCUGGAGCAGGACCUGGGAGCCAUAGGCAGGGGUGGCUGACCCCUACGCUCAGCCUCCAGAGAGGAGCUCAGGCCAUCAGGGUGGGGUCUGUGCUAUGUGGGGCGGAUGCGUGAGGAACCCCAGUCCCACUUAACAACUAAAUCCAACACCUUCUGCACCCCUCGAAUGUCAUUUUGCCCUCCACCU